AGGUUAUUUGUUAAACCCUUCCAAGUGUUCUUUGAACUAAACUUCUCUUGAACCCUCACAUUCGAUUGACUUACACUUCAGUUUUAAAAUCAUUUCCUAAAACCUAGUACGUUCACCUGCAUUGAGUGAUAUUUUCUUUAAAAAGAUUAUACUUUACUUUUUUGUGGUUUUUAAAACGUAUAUAUCUCACUAGUAGCUUUAAAAUUUAAGAAUGUGUUCCCGUGAUCCGGCCUCGAAUCAAUUAAUCGACUAUAAAACCAAUGACUCUGAGGAGCAAAGGCAAUGCACAACUUCUAGUGGAACUCCAGUUGCCGGAAGGGAUGCCAUACAAACGGUGGGUCCAAGGGGUCCUGCCCUGCUCCAGGACUUUCAGUUUUUGGAUGAAAUUAUGAGUUUCGAUUGCGAACGAAUACCCGAACGUGUGGCCUAUGCCAAGGGAGCUGGCUUUGGUUACUUUGAGUGUACCCAUGAUAUAUCAAAGUUCUGUGCAGCCACAAUUUUCGAUAAGGUAAAGAAACGCACAGCCGUUGCCAUGAGAUUUUCCAUGUCCUGCGGUGAGAAUGGUUCGGCGGAUACGAUCCGUGGAGAGCGAGGAUUUGCUGUGAAAUUCUAUACAGAUGAUGGCAUCUGGGAUAUGGUGGGAUGUAAUAUGCCUGUGUAUUAUGUGCGGGAUCCUUCGCUAUUCCGCCUGAUACAUGCCCAAAAGCGUAAUCCACAGACCCAUCUCAGGGAUGCGGAUAUGUUCUGGGAUUUUAUGACCCUGCGUCCGGAGACUCUGCAUGCCCUGCUCAUGUAUUUCAGUGAUCGGGGAACCCCCGAUGGAUAUCGUCAUAUGCAUGGCUUUGGAGUGCACACCUAUCGCAUGGUUAAUUCGAAUGGGGAAACGCAGUAUGUGAAGUUUCACUUUAAAACCGAUCAGGGCAUCAAAACUGACAGUCGACGCUGUGAUGAGCUAAAGUCCCGACCCGAUUAUGCCAUAAGGGAUCUAUUCAACUCGAUCAAGAAGGGCAAUUAUCCCACUUGGAGUAUGUUUAUACAGGUAAUGCUCAAUGAGGAGGCCAAAAAGUGUCGCUUUAAUCCCUUUGAUGUGACCAAAGUGUGGCCCCAAAAGGACUUUCCCCUGCUGCCAGUGGGCAAGAUUGUCCUGGAUCGUAAUCCCACCAAUUAUUUCACGGAGGUCGAACUAGCCUUUAGUCCGGCUCAUAUGGUACCAGGAAUCGAACCUUCGCCGGAUAAGAUGCUUCAGGGUCGACUCUUUGCCUAUGGAGACACUCAGCGGCAUCGUUUGGGCAUUAAUUGCAUGCAAAUCCCUGUCAAUUGUCCCUACAGGGUUAAUGUAAGAAACUACCAACGCGAUGGCCCCAUGACAGUGACUGAUAAUCAGAGUGGAGCUCCCAAUUACUUCCCAAACUCUUUCUGCGGUCCCAAGGAAAGUCCCCGAGCAAUGGCCCUGCAAACGUGCUGUCCUGUGACUGGUGAUGUUUAUCGCUACAUGAGUGGUGAUACCGAGGAUAACUUUAGUCAGGUCACCGAUUUUUGGACAUAUACUUUGGACAAUUGUGGGAAGCGAUUGGUCCGAAACUUGUCUGAGCAUCUGUCCGAGGCCAGUCAGUUCCUUCAGGAGCGUGCCGUUAAACUAUUUACCAUGGUUCACUGAUUCGGUCGCUUGAUGACGGAGGCCCUAAACACGGCCAAGAUAUCCAAGUUCUAGGAAGUCUAGAAGCCUAAUUUGAUAAGCUUAUAUCAAAAUUAAUGUGAUGUAAAUUCUAGGAUAAAGAUACCUCCGUUUAAGAAUGUGAAAACUGCAAUUUAA